AAAAAUACAACAACGUUCGACGUUACUAAACUGAUUGUUUGUGUGAAUGCGUGCUUACGUGUAUGUGUGUUGGAAUUAAAAUAAAAUAAAUCACAUAUAAAUUGAAAUAACAAAUAAACAAUUGCUGCGAACGUUUAAUACAUAUUGUAAAACCACAAGAAACAAAUAAAUAAUAAAAUUAAGCUCAAAUGAGCAGAAAUAUGCGACCACCACAGGAAGGAGGUCAGUCGGCACCUCCUACCAUGCGGCCCAAACUUAAUACGUCUAGUUCGUUGCUGACACAAGAUGAAAAUGAGGCUGUGUUUCGUAUGUUGGGACGUAAAUGUCAGACUCUCAAUACAGCUGUGGUACAAAUUUAUAAAACAGAAGCUUCCGCUCAUUCGCACUGGAAGAAGAAAUACACUGGUGUCGUUUGUUUUAUUAAGGACAGUGCUAUACGUUCCUAUUUUCUGCGUGCUUAUUGUUUAAUAAAACAUGAAUUAAUUUGGGAGCACGAGCUGUACGAUGAAAUGAAAAUUAAUAAAGCUCGUCCAUUUCUAAUAACGUUUGAGGGACAGGAUGGUCAUGUUGGUUUAAAUUUUGUUUCGGAAGAAGAGUGUGAUUCAUUUUAUCGUGCUGUCGAUACAACGAUUGAGACCAGAAAUCGCAAAAAAUUGGAAAAACGCAAUAAACGCAAAUCCCAAAUGGCACCCUCCGCACCGCUGGCGCCGCUGCCCAAAGAGCCUGAUUACAACAGUGUACAAUUGCGUAAUAAUUCAAAGAUAGGCACCGUAAACUUUACGCCCGCGCCCAUGCCCCAGCCGCAGCAGCAAGCCCCACCAAAAAAAUUCCUCUCGUCAUUAUCGUCUUCCAAUAAUAAAAACAAAAAAUCAAAAGUCAAUAAAUGUGAUAUUGGGGCACCCACCAACUUUCGACAUGUCAGUCAUGUGGGUUGGGAUGCUGACAAGGGUUUCGAUUUGACGGGCAAUGAAAACGAUGAAGUACUCUCGCAAUUCUUUCAAAAGGCUGGUGUAUCGAAACAUCAACUAAAUGAUCGAGAUACGAGGGCCUUUAUAUAUGAUUUCAUACAGAGCAAUAAUGUGCUGGGCACGGUGAAGCAAGAGAUAGUCGAACAGCCACAAAAUACAUCACCAACAUCACCACCACCGCCACGCGUCACACCGCAAGUACCGACCAGGCAUCAACAUCAACAGCAGCAUCAUCAUGCACAAAAUGGCAACUCAACUAGUUCGGCUGCAGUAACAACCCAAAGAUCAGCACCACCACCGCCUCCACCAGCUAGACAGCCACCACCACCAGUACCUACAACUGUGCCAGGCUUAUCAAGGGCACCUGCGCCUCCUUCUAGGCCACCACCCAUAAAUGCUGCACCACCACCUCCACCAGCUCCCAUUAUGACAGCACCGCCACCACCUCCUCCACCACCAGCAGCUGGUGCUCCACCACCGCCUCCUCCUCCACCGCCCAUGGCUGGACCUAGUGAGAUACCCUCUAUUACCACCACUUAUGCACCGGCUGAAACUAAAGCACCCUCUAGCUUACCAGCGGUUCCUGAUACACACAAUGAAUUUUUGGAGAGUAUACGUAAGGGAGUGCAACUGAAGAAAGUCGACACCUCGGCUCUUAGUACGGGCAGUGGUGAUUCUCGUAGUGAACUUAUGUCCGAAAUACGCAUGGGCAUUGAACUGCGACCAGCCACGCAACGUGAAUUAUCCACAAAUCGAGCUAGUGAUGAAAUAUCCGGUACAGAUGCUUUAGCCGAUGCUCUGCGCAGAGCCCUGCAAGAUCGUGUGCGUGUCUUGCAAUCAUCAGACGAUGAGUCAGAGUCAUCGGGCAAUGAUGACGAAUGGGAGGAUUAAAUUUAGCCGGCAAACGUACGACGAGUAUGUAUAUGUAUCUAUCUAUCUAGUAUGAAUGUAUCUAUGUAUGUUUUAACGAAUGAAUGAAUGACUAUUGUAUGUAUAAAUGGUGGAUUUAUUUUAUAUAAAUUGUAUACCAAUGAUAAACAAAAUACGGCUUUAAAUGAAACGUCGUGUAGUCUUGUACUGUACAUUUCAUGUCAUUUUAACUGUUGAACUUUUACAAGCUAGUUUUGUAUUAGUGUCAACAUUAAUUAGUUCGUUUUUUUAAUGUAAUAAUUUUAAUAAUGCAUUUUUUAAGAUCUUUGCUUAAAAGAGUUUUAUUUUACAGCCUGUUUUAAUAUAAUUUAAAUUAUGUUUUUUAUUUGUAAUUUGAAAAAUGAAAAUCUAAGCUAAAUUUAAACAUUACCUAGGGUUUAAAUGUAGAAAAUACCAAAAACAAACAAUAUUUAAAAUAAAUUUUAUUUGAAAAUAUUUAGAUUUUUUUCCAAUUUGGUGUUUUGUCGUAAUAACUUGAUUUUCUUUUAAAUUAAAUUUUCUAGUCUUUUUUUUUUUUUGUUAAAAAAAACAUAUUUUAUUUUCUUGUUUUUUGUUUUAUUAACUUGACAAAUGUAUACUUUUCCUUUAAAUUCAAGCAUAUCCAGCUCAAUUGAAAUAAAAUUCUUUAAACAUUAUAACAAAAAAACACAAGAAAAUAUCAAUAAAAUUGCCCAGCAAUGGAAAAAACCCUUAAAGUAAUAAUAAAUAAUACAUAUUUAAAUAAAAAA